AUGGUGAAGAUCUGUUGUAUCGGAGCUGGAUAUGUUGGAGGUCCAACAAUGGCGGUGAUUGCGCUGAAAUGCCCACACAUUGAAGUAGCAGUCGUCGACAUCUCCGUGCCACGGAUCACCGCGUGGAACAGUGACCAGCUUCCGAUCUACGAGCCAGGUCUCGAAGACAUCGUCAAGCAAUGCAGAGGCAAGAACCUCUUCUUCAGCACCGACGUGGAGCAGCACGUGAGAGAAGCCGACAUCGUCUUCGUCUCCGUCAACACGCCGACGAAAACCACCGGUCUCGGAGCUGGUAAAGCCGCGGAUCUCACUUACUGGGAGAGCGCUGCUCGUAUGAUCGCCGACGUAUCGGUCUCUGACAAGAUCGUCGUUGAGAAAUCGACUGUCCCCGUGAAAACAGCUGAAGCAAUCGAGAAGAUCCUGAUGCAUAACAGUAAAGGAAUCAAGUUCCAGAUCCUCUCGAAUCCUGAGUUUCUCGCUGAAGGAACUGCAAUCACUGACCUUUUUAACCCUGACCGUGUUCUCAUCGGAGGCCGUGAAACACCUGAAGGAUUCAAAGCUGUGCAGACGCUUAAGGAAGUGUACGCCAAUUGGGUCCCUGAAGGCCAAAUCAUCACGACGAACCUCUGGUCCGCAGAGCUCUCCAAGCUAGCUGCGAACGCGUUCUUGGCUCAGAGGAUCUCAUCCGUCAACGCCAUGUCUGCUCUCUGUGAGUCCACCGGCGCUGACGUCACUCAGGUCUCUUACGCCGUUGGUACCGAUUCAAGAAUCGGCCCCAAGUUCUUGAACGCGAGUGUCGGUUUCGGAGGCUCUUGUUUCCAGAAGGACAUUCUCAACCUCGUCUACAUCUGCCAGUGCAACGGGCUUCCUGAAGUUGCGGAGUACUGGAAACAAGUGAUCAAGAUCAACGAUUACCAGAAGAACCGGUUCGUGAACAGGAUCGUCUCUUCCAUGUUCAACACCGUCUCCAACAAGAAAGUCGCUAUCCUCGGAUUCGCGUUCAAGAAGGACACCGGUGACACGAGGGAGACGCCGGCGAUCGAUGUGUGCAAAGGUUUGUUGGGAGACAAGGCGCAGAUUAGCAUCUACGAUCCUCAAGUCACUGAGGAUCAGAUUCAGAGAGACCUUUCGAUGAAGAAGUUCGACUGGGACCAUCCCCUUCACUUGCAGCCGAUGAGUCCAACGACUGUGAAACAAGUGAGUGUGACUUGGGACGCGUAUGAAGCUACGAAAGGUGCACAUGCGGUUUGCGUUUUGACGGAGUGGGAUGAGUUUAAGUCGUUGGAUUUCCAGAAGAUCUUUGACAAUAUGCAGAAACCGGCGUUUAUCUUUGACGGAAGGAACAUUAUGGAUGUUAACAAGUUGAGAGAGAUUGGUUUCAUCGUUUACUCCAUUGGUAAGCCACUUGAUGCUUGGCUCAAGGACAUGCCUGCUUUCAUCUAA